AUGGAAGGCGGCAGAUGCCUGUCUGACUAUGUGGAAGUCUACGAUGGGCCGCUCUAUACUUCUCCUCUCCUUGCGAAAUUUUGUUCUGGUUCUUAUCGCACUUACACAUCGUCCUCAAACCUGCUGACUGUCCGAUUCUACAGUAACUCUCGGCACACCUACAGAGGGUUCCAGGCUGACUAUUAUUCCACAGUAGCAGAUCAGAGCAUUACCCUGUUGUGUUUGCCAGACUACAUGCAAGCAGGUGUGAGCAGAGACUACCUUCAGUCACAAGGCUACUCGGCUUGGAACCUCUCCUUGAAUGACCCCUAUUGCAAACCCAACAUUACAUCGAAAACAGUGGCCUCAGGUGAAAUUUGUGGAUCUGGGAGAGAUGCCAGAAUCACAACUGAAGCCAGCUUCACGGCAUCCAUUCCUCCAGGUGUCUCCGUGACCCUGGUGAAUGGCAGGAACCCAUGCGAGGGGUGCGUAGAGAUUCACUCCUAUGGGGGCCAGGGCACUGUCUGUGAUGAUGACUGGGACCUGAACGAUGCCCAGGUGGUGUGCAGGCAGCUGAGAUGCGACUUCGCUGUUUCUGCACCCUCAAAUGCCUACUUUGGACAAGGCACUGGCAACAUCUACCUGGAUGAUGUGCACUGCACAGGGAACCAGUCCUCCCUCUUCCAGUGCAGCCACCGUGGCUGGGGUGUCCACAACUGUGGUCACUCUGAAGCUGCUGGUGUUGUGUGCUCAGCUAGAAAAUAUAUUUGUGGUGGCUUACUUUUUAAUUCCUCUGGAACACUUCAGAGUCCUUAUUAUCCUUCGGAUUAUCCAGAUAACGCAGAUUGUUUGUGGCAAAUACAAGUAAUGAAUAAUUUCCGCAUUAUGCUCACAUUUGGAAGUAUUCAAUUGCAAGGUGGAUGCGAGAAUGACUAUAUUGAGAUCUAUGAUGGACCACCUAAUACUUCUCCCCUGCUUGGAAGAAUUUGUUCUAGUUCUGAUGUCACAUACACAUCAUCCUCGAACUUCAUGACUGUCAGAUUUACCAGUGACUCCAGAUAUUCCAGCAGAGGAUUUCAUGCAGAGUAUCUGUCCUUUCCAGCAGAUCAGAACACCACCCUUGUGUGCUUGCCAACUUACAUGCGCGCAGUUGUAGACAGACUUUAUCUCCAGUCUCGGGGCUACUCGGUGUGGAACAUCAGCUUGUCUGACUCUUAUUGUAGACCAACAAUUACAUCCACUGAGGUUAUAUUCAACGUUCCAUACAGAGGCUGUGGUACACGUAGACAGGGCAACAAUGAAACAAUAUCCUACUCCAAUGUGAUCAAAGUGCCUGCUUCUGGUUACAUCGUCAAGAGGCAAAAGGACCUUCACUUGCACAUCAACUGCAAAAUGCUCCAGGACACCUGGGUGCAAGUAAUGUACAUUGCUGAUGACAUCAUCAGCAUCAGUGAAACCCAGUAUGGCAGAUACGAUGCGAACUUGACAUUCUACAAUUCCUCAUCUUUCCUGUGGCCAGUGCAUGACUUUCCAUACUAUGUUGACCUGAAUCAGAAUUUGUUCCUUCAAGCUUCUCUUCACAGCUCUGACCCAAAUCUGGUGGUGUUUGUGGACACAUGCGUGGCAUCACCCAGUCCUAGCAAUUUCAGAACACUGAGAUAUGACUUAAUCAGAAGUGGGUGUGUUAAGGAUCCUACCUACUCUGCUUGCUAUUCACCAUACAGCAAUGCUGCUCGGUUUUCAUUUAAUGCUUUUUCAUUUGUUAAUCGACACCCGUCAGUCUACCUGCAGUGUGAGCUGGUGGUGUGCAGGUCCAGUGACUACUCAUCCCGCUGCUAUCAAGGCUGCGUUAGUAGGUUCAGGAGGAACGCAGGUUCUUCCCAGGGGAAAGUGAAUGUUGUUGUUGGACCUGUUCAACUUCGGGAAGCUAACGCUGAGAACACGAACACUAAGCUGGCCUCUGACAUCCAGGUGAAAGGGGAGUCUCAGAGCUCAGCACCUGCUGCCAGCUCCCACGUUCCUCUGGCUGUGACCGUCCUGGUGCUGGUAGCUGCUGUUCUCAAUGUGGGAGGAUUUCUUUUGAAGCGUAAACUGCAGGAACCCAUCCCGUACCAGAUAAUGUCCAGUGCCUACGGGAGACUGGCUGUACUCAACAGGAGAGACUACAGUGUUGACGACCUCCACAGCGCCAGUAGCUUCGACAUUGGAGGCAUCCCGUAUAGCGGAGACAACCUCCACAGAGGAGACAACUGCCGCAGCACCAAUGACCUCUGUAGCACAGACGACUAUCACAACACCAAUAACCCUCCCAGUGGACAUGAGGUUCCCUUUGGAGACAAUCACAACAGCAUUAACCAGCCCCACAGUGGACACAACACUCUUAGCAGACACAACCACCACACCACCAACAACCUCCCUAGCAGAGACAACCACCACAGCAACAACGGCUACCACAGAAGAGGGGAGCACACCAGGUAA